AUGCACAAGCACCGAAAAUCAGCGCUUGACACAACUCACCAUCAUGACGGCGAAGUCGUUAGAUACGGUGCCGGCGAGUCGUGGCGGCCUACCCCUCGAGACCGAUCCCCUAGGCGGAUCAGAAGCCCUGCUAGAGAGAGGGUUAGAAGCCCAGUCAGAGAUCGACCAAGGAGCCCGCGACCUAGAAGCCCGCGCCCCAGGAGCCCAAUUCCUGCUGGAUCCGACAGUUAUGUACCCGGAAGAUACCUACCACGUCGUAGGUCGAGAAGUGGUGGAGGCGAUCGCUACCGGCGGGAACGAUCAAGAGCAGAGCGAGAGAGUCCACGUCGAAGAGAUCGUAGUAGGUCUAUGAGGCGGCCAUCCCCUCGACGUAGUCUGUCACGGAGACCAUCUCCUCCACUACCGCGCGGCGGCGGGGACCGGUACGAGCGUCCUCGAUCGCCAGCCCCCGUUAGAGAAUGGGAACGGGAUCGUGAGAGAGUAGUCAGGGACCGGGAGUGGGACCGCGAUCGAGUACGUGAUAGGGGACGUGACUUCGAGCGGCGCGACGACAGACGACGAUCUAGGUCUCCAUUUGGUGUGAUACGCCGGGACAGGAGCCCCCCCGUAAGAUCACCUGUGACUGGGCCUCGAGGUGGUUCAUACAGACCGCGUUCACGGUCCAUGAGUAGGCGCGGAAACGAGCGAUACCAGUCAUAUCGGCGGAUUAGUCCUCCCAGAGAAUCUGGAAUCUCGUCAGCGAUUACUUCACAGUCGGUAUCUGGAAGAUCAUCACCUCGGCCAAGCUCGGUGAGAGCUCGCUCACCACUUCAGUCCCGAGAACAGUCUCCUCAUCAUACUAUGCUUGGAGCAGCACCACCCAGAGAAGCUCCGAGACCUGCCCCAUACGACACGAAUGCCCAUGCCUCAGUGCGGUCGCCACCGCGAGGUCCUGCAGCUCUGAGAGCGCCUCCUACUGGUCCUGCAGCAAAUAGGAAUACUGCAGUCCCAGUGGCUUCACCAGCUCCUCCUCCUCCAGCCCGGAUUCAAACUCCUACUGCUCCUCCUCAGCGCUCAGAUACCACAAGUCCAACCAUUCCACCAGCUGGUCCGAGAGGUUAUGUGCCCCCGGCCAGAGGUGGUUUUGCUCCCCGUGGAGGACGCGGCGGUUGGAAUCAACCACCAACGAGACAAUUCUCCGGGCCUUCACCUACGCCAUCAACGCCCAACGGACCCUCGACCAUUCCCACUGGUCCACGAGUCGCUCCGUCAAAUGUUCCCUUGUCCUCAACACCAACACAGUCUCGGCCAUUUAACCCUCCGACUGGACCCUCGGCUCAACAUGCCGGCGGUGCACGGCAAACUUUGGCACAAUCUAUGCUUGCUACACUGCCUCCAAUUAUCCCUGGUGGCAAGUUGGAUCCUUCGAUGACACCUAUCUCCCUGGGCGUGACCCGGGAGCUUGAGCCGCAUUACCGGAAACUGAAAGAUGAGGAGGAGAAAGUGAGAGAUGAGCUUUACGCAAAACAGGAGCGGCUGCGAAAGAGUCUCUACACCUGGAACAGGCUUGAGCGUGACUCUCGAGCUUGGGAGAUGCGAAGUGACUUGAGUGAGAAGAGCAUGAAAAAUCUCGCAGGUGAGGGUAUGGGAGGUGCUGCAUUCUAG